UUCAGAUGUCGUUCAGCGAUAUGUCAGUAACGUUACACAUGGGCGAGCAGUAACACGUGUUUUUCAAGGCAACUUAAUGUUUUUCUUUUAUCACUAGAACCAAUCAAUAUUCAAUAGACUGUUUGUUUGUUUGUUAUCGUUUUUACGGUUACUUCUUUAGCCACCACGGAAACUUAAUUUUUCGACUUGAUUUUUGCCGAAGGUAAUGUUAUACUUAAUAAGCAAACGGUAAAACAAAUUCAGUAUGGAACCUAAACCAUGGAAGAAAUCGUUCACUCCCAGAGAUGUAAUGAAGCCGACAUUUAAAUCUAAAGGUAAACCUAGAGGAAAACCAUCUGGCAAACAGCCAUUUAAACCUUCUAACUCAGAGAGAGGACAGAGUUUAAGAAAAUCAAGGGUGGUUGGAGGGCCACAGAAAUUUAACAAAAAAAACCCAGGCAGCAAGUUUACAAGAAAGAGAAAAGAACCUGAUGGUAACAGCAAACAGGAAGGCCCGGUGGGGAAGAAGCCCAAAUGGGAUGAAUUUAAACUGAGAAAAAAAGAGUUGAAACAGAAUCGCCAACAGAAUGAUAAAAAGGACAGUUAUGAUAUUGUAAACAGAGCUAAACAAGUGUGGGAAAUAGUAAGACGAAAGGACUGUAAUAAGGAAAAAAGGAGCAAGCUGAUGAAAGAGCUGCAGAAUCUCGUUCGAGGCAAAAUUCAAAUGAUUGCAUUUGCUCAUGAUUCCACACGAGUUCUGCAGUGCUUUAUUCAAUUUGGCAGUGACAAGCAGAGGGAGGAGGUCUUUGAUGAACUCAAAGGUUGGUGUUCUCUUUAGUUGUAUCUUACAGAA